AAAUUGCCGAUAAAUAAAACAAAAUUCUUGAAAAUAUAUUUUCGUUGUUAUUAUAUUAACUGUCAUAGUUUUAACACAAUAAAGUGCUUGCAUAACAAAUAUAUAUAUUUAUAUUAGUUUAUAGCUGUGUAUUCGAAAGUAGUCGUCAAAGUUAUUUGAAUAAUUAUGGAAGAUCUUAAGAACGUUUACAUUUCACCGCUUCCAGACUCCCCAUAUGUAAAGCCCUUUAGAUUUAAUUAUACUCAAAAUGGUAAAGAGAAGACCUGGGACCUGUUGGAAGUGCACGACAGCGUGGCUAUAGUAGUUUUUAAUGUGUCAAGAAAGGUUAUGAUAUUUGUUAAGCAAUUUCGUCCAGCAAUUUACUACAACUGCAUUCACCCUAACGACAGGAAAUCAAAUGUUAUAGAUACUGACAAGUAUCCAGCAUCACUUGGUAUAGCUUUGGAGAUGUGUGCUGGUAUCAUAGAUAAAAACAAGUCUGUUGAACACAUUGCUCAAGAAGAGGUCUUAGAGGAGUGUGGUUAUGAUGUGCCACUUGAAAAGUUGCAUAAAAUAACUUCUUAUAGAUCUGGUGUUGGUGUACAGGGAGCACUUCAAACAUUCUUCUACUGUGAAGUCACUGAUGACAUGAAGACUGAACAAGGUGGUGGUGUUGAUGACGAAAUUAUAGAAGUGGUUGAAAAAACCAUUCCAGAAAUUGAAGAAAUGGUCAAUUCGCCUGGACCUAUUUCGAGUCCACCCAGUUGCCUCUUUGCCUUGAUGUGGUUCCUCCAUUACAAAGCAGAUAAAUACCGAAAGUAGGUAUAAAAUAGUUUAUUCAUAAUGAAAUUUGUAUUGUUCAUUUCAAUAGAUUUUAUACUUAGAACUGAAAUGUGGCAAUGAGUAUAGUUAAUUAACCAUUGUUCUUAAACAGCCUCAGCCUUUUGCAUAUUUAAAUCAAAUUUAUAAAAAUUAAACACAAACUUUUAUUUUUGACUAAUCAUGUAGAAUAAUAUUUCUACAUUAUGCAUAACCUUUACAAAACAAUUGAGAAUUAAAUUAGAAUUUAAUUUCAAAAUUUAUAUUCAAAUCUUUAAAUGCUCAAAAAAGCCUUAAUAUAAAUAUAAUCCUAAAUAAGUGCAUCCUUACUAUAUUCCAAAAUACAUAUAUAUACAUAAAAAAUAAGGCUUUCAAAUAUUAUUUCUUAAAAUUCAUAGUUGAAUUAACUGUUGUAACUGUAAUUCUAUUACUGCAUACAAAAUAUACUUUGCAUGUAUUCCAUGUGAGUACGAGUACAUAUAUGAUAAGGCGAUGUUGAUAUUUAUAUCACAUAAUUACAUAUAUUAUUGUCCUUUUAAUCUCUCUUGUAAGAAUUUAAUAUGUGAAUUUAAUAUGUGAAAAACACUUAAUUAUUAGUUUUCAUGAUUAUCUUAAUAAAAGUCAUGUUUUAUCUUCUAAUUUCUUUUUUUAUAUAACAGAAAAGUCCAGUAUUACUGUUGUUAUUGAAUCAUCUUCCACUUAUAAGUUCUAACUAUACCUAAGGGUGUUUGUUUAAGUUUUAAAAUAUCUUCUAAAGUACAUAAUUAGUAGUACAUUUUCCCGUUACAUAAUAAUAUUAUAAUGUUCAGAACCAAUUGAAGUGACUUGUAAAUUUUAUUGUUUGCAUUACAAUAAGUAAUGUUAAGUAAGGCUGUUUUGUAAGAACAAACUCAAUACUCACCACAGAAAACGGUCGUCAGAUAGUGAUAUCUGACAUUGACCAUAAUAAUUACAAUAUUUCAAGAAUACACACAUCAGAAUAGUAUAUAUAUAUAUAUAUAUAUAUAUAUAUAUAUAUAUAUUGGAAUUAUAUAUAUAUAUAUAUACAUAUAUAAGUUGGCUGUUAAAAUGUCAAAUUUUUAUAAAUGUUAAAUUGUUUUCGAGGGUAAUCACGAACCGUCUUGCCCGAAAAUUCGAUGACUUCCAACCCGUGGAACAGGCUGAGUUUCGAAAAGGCUUCAGUACCGUAGACCACAUACACACACUAAGGCAAAUAAUACAGAAGACCGAGGAAUAUAAUCAGCCUCUAUGCCUAGCGUUUGUGAACUACGAAAAAACCUUUGAUACCAUCGAGACCUGGGCUGUUCUGGAAUCCAUGCAGAGAUGCCUAAUUGACUGUCGGUAUGUCCAGGUGGUGAUGUGUUUGUACGAAGCCGCAACCAUGCCCGUCCAAGUACAAGAUCAGAGCACAAGAUCAAUCCAAUUGCAUUGCGCGGUAAGACAGGGAGAUGUGAUCUCACCGAUACUCUUUACCAAUGCAUUGGAGGUCGUCUCCAAGACGCUCGAUUGGAACGGACGCGGCAUUAACAUAAAUGGCCAACACAUUACACAUCUGCGAUUUGCCGACGACGUUGUCAUCAUGGCGGAGACUCUGCAUGAUUUGGAAGAGAUGCUAAACAGCCUGAGCGAUUCUUCAAGACAAGUAGGUCUCGGGAUGAACAUUGAAAAGACCAAAAUUAUGGCAAAUCGACAUGUAUCCCCGAGACCAGUGGUCGUAAAUGACUCUCCACUUGAAGUUGUGCAGGAAUAUAUCUACCUGGGCCAAACUAUACAACUUGGCCGGCAGAACUUUGAGAAGGAGGCUAAAAGAAGAAUACGUUUGGGCUGGGCUGCAUUCGGGAGGUUACGUCAUAUUUUUGAAUCGUCGAUCCCACAGUCGCUUAAGACCAAUGUCUUCAAUCAGUGCGUCCUACCUGUAAUGACUUACGGUGCCUAAACGUGGACACUUACCGUCGGACUGGUCCACAAAUUUAAGGUCGCUCAGCGAGCAAUGGAACGCGCGAUGCUUGGGGUUUCUCUGGCAGAUAGAAUCCGAAAUCAGGACAUUCGCCAGAGAACUAAAGUCACCGACAGUGAAGUGGGCUGGUCAUGUCUCCAGGCUCAUUGAUGGCCGAUGGAGCCGACACGUGUUAGAGUUGAGACCACGCUUAGGCAAACGUAGUGUAGGACGCCCUGUGAUAAGAUGAACUGACGAUUUAAAAAAGGUGGCAGGUACGGGAUGGAUGCGGACUUCCCAAGAUCGGGAUGGUUGGCAUUCUAUGUGGACGGCAAAAGGCUGAAAAAAAAAAUAAUGUCAUAUGUAUGUAUACAUGAGUAUUUGAUGAGUUCUUACAGCAUAGCACUGCUGAUCAAUAUAUUCAUUAAUCCUUGUAUUUUUUCAACAGUUUUGAUAUCUAUAAGAAAUAUUAUGUAAAUUAAUGUGUAUUAAGUAGAAAUAUCUACUAUUAAGAUUGUUAACUGUUGUUUUUAGCGUUAAUUGGAAUAGAAGUUCUUAUAGUUCUGAAACUAUUUCGGUGUGUGUGUUUUUUUUAUAAGCAUGCAUUUUACAUUAAUUAUCUUUAUUCCCAUGUAUAUGUUAUAAUAAAUCUAUAAUCUUAAGUACAGUGUAAUUUAAUUAUGUAGACUAUCCUAUUUAUCGUUUAAUGAUAAGUUAUCGAGAAACCAUCAUAGAUACCAAUUGGACACUUAAUAUUUAUAUGAAAUGGUAAAUAUUCCUAGUUUAUUAUUAUAUAAUCCGUUUUUAUUUAUUUUAUUUAUCGAGGAAUGUAAUAUAGUAACGUCAACUGUCAGCGGAUAAUAUGAACCGUAGACAUCUUGAAAUAUUUCGACCAUUCCUCGAUAAGUGACAUAAAACAUGCAUAAUGAAUAAACAAAGCAAAUAUACUUAAUUAGUCAUUCUAAAAAAUAUAUUUUAUAAUAAAUUCUAUUAUGUUAUCAUUUUGUUUCUUUUUUAAUUAAGUAGAAAAAAUUUUGUAUCUCGAUGUCAAUAACGGAAUAGGUCAACGUGAUCUUACGAAAAUUUUCACCGCUCCGUAUCCGCGGGGUAGCCAUAGCAUCGUAACCGUGCAGCCUACAGUUUUUGUAAAAAAAAAUAAUUUAACCCUAGCUUUUUAAAAGUGUUAUUGUAUUAAUUAUUGAAUAAUUCCUAUUUUAAUAUAACAAAAUGUGCGCAGGUCAUUUGGACGUUACUGUGUGGAAUGCAAAGUAAAGAAAUAAUGAAAAUAUAUAUAU